AUAGAAAUUAUAUAGAUGCCAGAGAAUGUUUUUUUAAUUGCAUAUAUAAUAAAUUGUGGAUCUGGUAGUCCUUUAUCUGCUAUUGCUGAAACUAAGACUGUCUUUAUUCAAACCAUUUUGUUACAGGUGCCACAUACAACAUUUCUUCUCACCCAUACUUGCUUUCUGUUUUACCAUGUCAUAUCAAAUAUGACACUUCGCCGGCUGCGACAUUCAAUUGCUGACUUACCACAUUCAAUACGUAUGGUUACUGAAGCUGCUUGGGUUUUGGCCCUCUCUUACUUCAUAGCAUACUUGGAAACUAUAGCAAUUUCGAACUUUCCUUAUUAUGAUUUUGUUGAUCGGGCAUCAAUGUACAAAGUCGGAUGUCUCUUCUAUGCAAUAUACUUCAUUGUGAGCUUUCCCAUGUUUUUAAGGAUUGAUGAGAAAGUAGGUGCACCAUGGGACUUUGGGAGAGUGGCUGUUGAUGCCUUAGGUGCUGCCAUGCUUGUCACCAUCAUCCUCGAUUUAUGGCGUAUAUUUCUCGGACCCAUUAUUCCUGUCCAAGAAUCAAAACAGUGUGCACAACCAGGGCUUGCAUGGUUUCACUUGCCGGAGAGCUCAAUGUAGCACGAUAGCUCAUGAAGGUGAGUCGAACCUCAAACAUUGAGAAGAAUAAACUAUUUAUCAUAGUAUAAUUUGCUUAGUCAUUCCAGUUCUUGAAGUUUAUUGUGUUCACUUAUUUCAAACUAAAUAACUGGCUGUGCUUGCUUGCUUUCAGUUGUAGUUGUAAUCGGAACGAGUUUGAACUUCUAAAAUUCUAAGAGUAUCAUCUCGUCCUUCUGAUUAAUUAGUGCUGUGAUCUAGUUUUAUCUA